AUGGCCGCCUCAGACGACGUCACCGACCGCCUCCUCACCUCCAAAGCAAUCCCCACCAUCGACCUCCGCCUCCUCUCCCAAUCCGAACUCUUCGCUCUCUCCCUCUGCUCCUCCUCCGCCCUAAACCCUCACCAAAACGACGCCAUCAUCCCCAAGAUAGACUCUACCGUUUUCAACAAAUCCGCCGCCAGCCGCAAACAGACCUACUCUCCUGUCCGACUAGCUCCGCGCUUGUCGUCUCGUCGCCGCACUCCGCAUCCCCAUGCUCCGGCGCCCGCGUCCCCCGAAACCGAGCGCGCGGAGGAUUCGAAAAUUAUUUCGGCGCUCACAGCGUUGUUUUCGAAACAACCUAAUCCAAACGGCGUCACUUUAUCAAACAUUACACACACCACUCAUCUACCUAGUUUCUCUAUUAUACCGAAUUUGGCGAAUGGAGAUGUUAUGGGGGCAAAUCCUAAUGAUUUGAUGAGUGCAAGUAAUUCGAUGAAUGGAGGUCUGAAACGGAAGAGAGGUAGGCCUCGUAAAGAUAAAAGCGUGCAGGAUGGUGCUGCAGCGAGUAAUUCAAUGACUGUAGGUUUAAAAAGGAAGAGAGGGAGGCCUCGUAAAGACAAAGGCGUGCUGGAUGGUGCUGCAGCGAGUAAUUCUUCGAUGACUGUAGGUUUAAAACGGAAGAGAGGGAGGCCUAGGAAGGACACAAUUAUGCCUGCUUCUACUGCUACAGCUGUGGUGAUAGUUCCAGAAUCAAAGAAUGAGGGGAAUGAGAAUGAUAAGGUAAUGGUGGGAGUUCCGGAGGCGAAAUUGUCUUUGACUGGAGAUGAAGAGAAAAACUGCAGAGAUUGA